CGUUAUAUAAAUUAUGUUCUGGGGAGGAAUGUGGAAUCUACGGUUACUCACAAGCUGAGACAGAACUCCAGAGCAACACACGUCUUUACUGAUGCGCCGAACAUAAGAAACCUCCCUAACUUCCUGAUUGAAAUGGAAGCAGCCCACCCUUUCGAUUUCAUUGCCAUGACGAGCGAUAAAAUUGCCAACUACGACAGCGUUCGAGCUGUUCCACAAUCGUACUGGCUAAAGUCGUACGGUGUUAUGAUGCGAGUGCCAUCAAAGUAUGAGUGGGCAGUCCUGUUAAGUCUAGUGGACCAGGCUAUUAGAAUACAGUAUUAUGGAUCAAUUGGCACAAAGAGUGAAAACUAUUGCAUCGUAUCAUCAACCAACAAUUUUGAGCAACAUGAUGUUAAAUCAUUUCAACCAUACACGUAUCAAGGGUUCCGUCACGCCGACAGCCGAAUGCUUACACAAGUUGUCUAUUUCGAUGGCACUGCUGCUUUUGGAUUAUUAGUUGCUUCAGAAUAUAGUAGAAAACAAUUUGCAGUAGAUAUGAUGUUUGUGCCCCCUGCUAGAACUAAGUACACUUUUUAUGGGCUAAAUAUAAUGCGAAAAGGAGCACCAUUUAGCUUUACAUACUAUAUAUUGGCUACUUCUGUCCCCAAACUGACUGACACUAUGACAGUUGACUUUAAAGACGGAACGCAUGCGAUUAUUUCUACUCCUAUCCGAGGAUACAUUUACGAGUUUAUAAACAUGGCGAAGUUGGAUUCAACAUUUAAGAUUGAAGUUUACGCUAUUGAUUAUACAAAAUCCGAGUACUUUCAACUUGAGAGUGUACAAAAUUUCAAGCCUGCCCAUGUAAUUCUGAAUCCUUAUCACAAAGAUAUUACAGAAAUCAAUGUCACCGUGACUGGUUCUAGGGAAGCCUUGGCAGAUCUCCAUCUAAAUGGACAACCUUUGGCCUUGCCAAAUGUAGUUCCGUUAUUUUUGGCUGACAACAUAUAUACAGGGGAGGUGCGGAUCGCUGCCGAGCCGGUUAAGAUUACUUCAUCAAAGAAUAUAACCAUCUUCAUUCAAGGCGGCGACACCCAUGACUUGAUGUAUAGUCUCUCAAGUUUCGGACUUUCAGAGUUAUUAGAUCCUGAGAUAUUUGACAUAAAUAUUCGUGAGUCGUUUGAAGACGCAACGGAAGCACCAACACCAGCAGGAGAAACCCCUGUCACGACGGAGAAAACGACUAGGCCUAUUUCACAACCCACAAAAGCGAGCACAGUUGUCGGCUACAAUGAGUUUAACAUAAUCUGUGGCACUAAAUUCUACGGGUCCGAUUGUACUGAACAAUGUACCUGUACCUCACAUUGUCGAAUAGACGGAACUUGCACUAACACUCAGUGCAAAAUUGGAUUCUUCGGAGAAGGCUGUAAACUUGAGGAUCUAACAAUCCACGCUGUAGAGUUAAGCCCACCAGUGCUUUUUGACGCUGACAAGAACACUGGCGAGGUUUUAAGCGAUGUAAAAGUCGCAUUGAAAUUGAUACAUCCUUCCUCCACGAACUCUUUUACAAUUGCCUUUGAAGACGGAUCUGAUUUAAGUAAAAUCUCAAAAGACAAAUUUGACAUACAAGUAUGGGAUGAGAACUUGAAGGCGAUGGUGGCGCUGACGGAAGAUUACACCGUGGUGAUCAAUAAUGAUAACACGCUGACCGUUUCCUGGGAGAAACCGAGGGUCGUGAACAAGAUGGAAGUAACUAUCGCUACAGACCAAAAGGCUACGUCGUUUCAUUUGAGCGGAGGAAUUCAGGUAGAGUCGACUUCAGACGAUAAGCAGAAGCCAGGGGACCCCAAAACUCCGUUGUUCUCCCUACAAGUCGGUCACCCGACCCCCUUCCCCAAACUAGCUGCUGACCUCACUGACAAUGAUCGAUCGGCCACCUGCGUUCAGACUGACGAAGCCAAAGACAUGUUCAUGAAUUUCGCAUCCUACACCUUCCUUCAGCGGAUCUUGUUGUUUACACCAGGCAAUAGCAAAGAGUGGAAAGCUCAAGUGUUGUGCUACAAUAACGCCGGUGUGGAAGUCUUGAAGACCGAGGUUGCAAGUGCCGAAAAAACUCGAAUUCACCAGGUCAACAUCAAUAAGAACGUGCUCAAGGUCACGAUAAAAAUUGUAUCCGGGUCGAUAUAUUUCUGCGAAGUACAAGCCUACGCAGAUCCCAAUGGUCCGUUGAAGGAAGACACCCAGUCGAAGGCGAUCGCGGAGGAAGCCUCCAGCUCCAGCCUCAUCUAUAUUUUGUUGCUGUUGCUCCUCUUCGCCUGUUGCAUCAUUUGUACAAUCUUCGCCCUGCUACGGAAACAUGAAAAACAUCCCCCUAUAUCGCAAGAGGAGAAAUGAUCGCUUUGCAACAUGGUUGGCAUUGGAAUGGAAAAAAGACUCAGUAUAUUUUCAUCUUCAACGGGACGAUAUUAUAUCUUCAUUUAAAUUUGUUGCAUGUUUAUUUUACCUCGUUUAUUUUACAACGUAGGAUAUUUGACACAUGUGAUAUGAAUAAGCAACAUUGCUAUUUUUAAAAUUGUUUUUAAA